GGAAAAAGGAGCUAGUCGCCAUCUUGCUUUAGCGCCGCAAGUUAUUAGGGCAGAAUAAGAACCACGUUUGAAUGAAUAUUUUUGAGACAUACGAGUGUUUUAGCAAUACACUUUGAGCAAAUAUUGCAGGUAGUGAGGUGUAAGAGGAACACCGUGCUAUUUAUUGUGCUAUUUCCAACGAUAGAACUAGCUAACUGGGAACGUUCGACUUGAGGAGGUAACGUUAGCCAUGGGUCGCUCGAGGAGUCGCAGUUCGUCCCGUUCCAAACACUCCAAAAGCAGCAAGCACAGCAAAAAACGGAGCCGGUCGCGUUCAAGGGACAAGGAGAGGUCCAAGAAGCGAUCCAAGUCCCGUGAAGCGAAGAGGAACCGGCGCAGAGAGUCGCGUUCACGUUCCCGGUCAGCCACAGUCUCGACCCGCAGGGAAAGGGAGAGAGCGGUCACACCGCCGGAGAGAAUCGACAUAUUCGGCAGGACGUUGAGCAAGAGAAGCGCCUUGGACGAAAAACAGAGAAAAGAGGAGGAGGAGAAGAAGGUCGAGAUGGAAAGACAGAGGAAGAUGUGAGUCGUAACUGAAUAUUUUAUCCAAUAUGCAAGACAUGCUAACUAGCUUGCUAAUACUCUCAUGCUACACAGUCGAUAGUUAGCUACAAUGCUAACAGAUCCGUCCAUACACUCGGGCAUAGGCGUUAGUUAGCAAGCUAGUAAACUGGCUAGCUAACGUUAGCUACGUGUCUUGGGAGAGGAGGCCCAAAUCUGUUAUGCAAGCCUGCAACACUAGUGCCUGCACCAUUAGCCAACCAGCUAACUAAUUGAGGCACUUGCCUGCAAUUCACUUGCCUCUUUAGUCUAAUAAAAGGAUUUGAAAUGUAUACAUUCCAUUAUCUUGCAUCUAGUAACUAUACAUUGCCUGUCAUGUCUCAUGCAUCACAAUUCAACGAUCUAGUGAUGAUGCGACACAGUGAUUUAUCUGGCUAACCUACGUGUCCUCAAAAACAUUGUCAACAGUAUAGAUCCUGCCUCCAAGCUGUGGCUUAUGUGACCAUUAUUGCCAAAUGGAGUUAAUAAAAUGUAAUUUCAUAUUUAUAACACAGGCCUAAUCACUGGUUAAAUGAAACAGUUGAAUGGGGAGGGAGGGGCGUCAACUACAGUAAGUUGCUCACCUGUCAAAUGAAAAAUGUCAGGUAUGCCCCUCUGGCUCUCAACCACUGAAGUCCAACCACAGGACUUUCAUCUGGCCCCAGCAACACUAAGAUUUACUAAUGUCAGUCAAAAUUAGCAUUUUGAGUGAGUGACUUAUAAUAAGCUACAGUCCAGUCCAGAAAUGUAACGAUGAACAACCAGACACCUUCAUCUCUGUUAUAUUUGCUUCUCAAUAAAAUUCCUUCACUUGUCUUGCUGCAUUAUCCAUGCUUGUUGCACAUUGCAAACCCCUGAGGUGUCACACAAUUUAUAGUGCAGUUUGGGGGAAGACUACUUUUGUAGUAGGUGUCUGUGGGUGUACAUAUUUUCUUCUUCAGCGAGCACCUCGCAUAAUGCCCACGUCCUGUCUGUUGUUUGUAGGCAGGCAAUAUUGGUCUGACAGAGAAAGAAAGACUGGGGAAAGCAGCUGUUGUGCACCUUUUGGCCAGUGGCUGAUUGACACCGGAUACCUACAACACAGUGGUCACCUGGUCUUCUGUGUGGCCUUUUACUGGCUAACCACAGGGCUACUUAACCAGCCACACAAUGUCCAAUAAAGACAUGGACACCAGAUAAGCAAAGACCCCGGUUUUAGCUUUCCUGGUUGUUGUGUUUGACUAAACCAAAUUAAAUCAGAGCAAGGGACAGUGUCGUGUUUUCAGUCGUGCCUGAAGCAAUGUGACAACGAUCACAUCCUUUUGAUAGGGCAGCUGAAAUGGUUUAAAUGCAUGCCUUGUGUUCAUGUGCACGAACCGACUUCCCUCGGGCAUGCCUUUUGGACUGACCCACACCUAGCUUUACCCCCCAGUCUUCUGCUGCUCUGGACACGCUCACUUCCUCCGACGAAAGGGGGGGGGGGGGGGGGGGAUGUCUUAUCUCAUCAGGACUCCCUCUUAUCUCCUGUUGUCCAGGGCCUCUGUCUGUAGUCAAUAGGGCAAAUCUGUUUGUCCACACACGUUGCAUGUUUAGUACAUAUUCCAUAGUGCCAUGUGCUGCAAUUCAAUCCCAAAUCAAUGAAACACAAAGUUAUAAAAACAUUUUAUAUAAAAAUUGUUGUAUAACCCUGAUAAGCUUACAAAUGCACAACUCCCAGAGGUUGUUUCUGUAGAAAUCUGACUUAUAGGGUACAUUGAUUCAACGGUAACUGAAUAUGCAUUGAUCGUGUCAUGUCACAUUUGCUACCAUGUCAGCAACCCUCCCCUCUUUCUCUCCCCACCCCUGCCGUGCAGCCGUCAGGUGGAGAUAGAGGAGAAGCUGAUCGAGGAGGAGACGGCACGUCGCGUGGAGGAGCUGGUGGCCAAGCGGGUGGAGGAGGAGCUGGAGAAACGCAGGGACGAGAUAGAGCGGGAGGUGCUGCGGCGUGUGGAGGAGGCCAAGCGCAUCAUGGAGCGCCAGCUGUUGGAGGAGCUGGAGAGACAGAGGCAUGCCGAGCUGCAGGCCCAGAAGGCCAGAGAGGUAACGCUCAGUCGUUGGGAACGCAGUCCCCCCCCCCCCUCCUCUGCCCCUCCCCACUACUGCCCUCUCUGGCAAGUGGGGAUUCCCCCCCCCCCCCCCCCCCCCCCCGAACUGGUCAUGGCACAAGUUUCUACAUGGAGGGUGAGAGGGUAGCGCAGUGCUGCCAUGGCUGAAGCUCAGUACAUGAUAGGUGGGAUGGGUGAUAGAGUUCUGUGAGCUUCAAAAGUUGUACAUUGAGCGAUAAAAGGGCAAGAGCUCAGUUUUCAAAAGUGGUAGAUUGAAAGAGAAAUGGAUGAUAUUUGACAGUUGACAGUCAAAGUAAGACACUGGGGGAUUCAGGUGAGACUUUUGCCAUGGCAGACAUGAGAAUUUAGACUUCAUCCCUUUAUUCACUCUCAUAAAUCUCCCUCCUUCCCCAUUCAUACAUUCCUAUUCAGAAUUAUUCAUAACUUUUAUUUUAAUUAUUGUAAAUGUCUCAUUUUUACAUCUCUAAUAAAGAGCUCUUUUCAAAUUGACAUUCCAUUAUCAGUCACUUUCUCUGUUUGUGUCCAACAUUCAGUGCACAUUUUUAUUGCCCCAGGUAGGCAGCGAGCACAGGUUUACCCAACCACAACCCACCCAGAAACAAAUGGGGAUGAGAAGCUUUGGCUUAUUAGUGACAAAUCAGUCCCUUUUAGCCCAAUUGCUUUUUUCUAUUUCUUGUUCUAGCAGCUAGUGUGGACUGUAGUCUUCUUGAGGCCAUUCACUUUGCUGAGUAGACUAGAUGCUGAAGCUGGGCCUAGGCGGAAGCCCCCACCCCCUCUUCUCUCUCCAGGCUUCAUUAAUGAGGGCCGUGGUUUGUACAGUCAUAAUGUUAUGUGAAUGAGAGGAGCAGCCAAUGCCCAGCGACCCUGACUCAAACAGGGAUCGGCCAGUGGCUCGGUACUAAUCGGGUGAGAAAUGUGGCCCCAGCGCGCUUCGCUGAGCUCUCCCUCCCCCAUCUCUCCUAUUCAGAUUCCCUCUCCCCUACACAUCCUAGACAUACUUUUUGGGGAGGAGGGAGGGUAAGAAUUACUUAGACACUAGGGAGGCCGCUUUCUGUUUUGAAUGAAUUUUGUUUUAAUAGGCUACAAUUACAUACACAAUUUAGUUUAGUGUGUCCUAUAAAGUUGAUAUUAUCAUCCUCCCCGCUCCUAAUAAUCCUUGUUUUGAAAAGCUCCCAUUAGAAGGCAUCCGCUCUGGAAUACAUAACAAUGACGGACCUCCAUUUCCAGUUUCCUGUUUGCAAGGUCAACAAUCUCUGGUCUAUCCCUGUCUGUUAACCCUCUUCUUUUUAUUUAAUAUUCCUUUUUUGUGUUGAAACUAACUCGUUUUAAAGAGAGAGAAAAACAAAUGUACUCUUUGUGACGUCCUCAUGAAUUGCUUCUCCUUAGGGUUGUUUUUAUUUUUGUUCAUGAUUUGAUUUUGGACACAACUUGUGUUAACACCACCUUCUUUAACACCAUUUGACCUGAACUGGCCUGCAGACAGCUCCCAGCUCACUCAUGUACUGUACUGUGUUCAGCCCUACUCCUCCUCCACACUGUUCUGCUCCACUGUACUGUACACCACUGUACUCUGCUGCUGCAUUAUGUUGUCUCGAUGUGAACUGAGCUGAGAGCGGCUUUAAAGAGUCACUGCAAGCUGGGCGGCAGGCUAGCAGUACAGAGAUCAGUUUUAAAGAGGAAGGCCACAGGCGGGCCGGGCGUGUUUGGCGUAUGGCAGCCCCCCCUCCCCAGGAGCGCUUCUGUCUCUCUGCAGGGGACACAGUCUGGACGAGACAGUAAAUAUUCAACCGUUUAAUGCCGAAUGCUUUCACCAGUUGUGUAGAUACACAGGCAAGGAAAAUGCGUAGGUAUACGUACAUUGGUGAGCCAAAACUAUUCACUCCUUUUUUGUAUCCUUUUUCUCUUUUAUUAUUGAUGAUGAUGAUGAUAAGAAAAAGAGGCAAAUAGAUUUUUUAGAAUGUUUGUCUUUUUCUAUCUGUUUUUCUAUCUAUUAUAUGAGUGUGCCGAGUGGGUUUCCCUUUUAAUGUCUUAUUGAUUCAGUGAAGGCUAAAGGUGUGAUUGAGUGAUUCCUAUAUGGGAGGGUAUUGUCACGAAUAGCGGGAGAAAAAAAGGGGGGUUAUUUUUCCCUUUUGAUAUAUUUUGUUCUCCUGUGUUCUAAAAGCAUUCCGGUUGAUUGCGUGAAAGAAUGGGAAAGAGUGGUUAUGAUGUGCGAGGGAGAGCCUGCGCAGACUCCUUUGUGGUUGGAUGAAGACAAGUGAGUGUGCCAAUGUGUGUGUGUAUGUUAAGAGAGGUCAAUGAUGUGUAAGUGUGUGUAUGUUUGGGAGUGCGUGUGUGUGCAGGGAUGCUGUGCGGCCGUAGCCUGUGCGUGCGCUAACAUGCCAUCGUGUCACCCCUUUAGGAGGAAGAAACAUCCAAACGGGAGGAGCUGGAGAAAAUCCUGGAGGAGAAUAACCGCAAGAUUGCCGACGCUCAGGCCAAGCUGGUAUGUCUGCUUCUCCUCUGUUCUGUACAAAGAUAAAUAUAUUUAGCUACUUUCCCAAACCCCAAAUGCAAACGGGGCAAUUCUACGAUGAAAUGUGGUUGUGUUGAUAUUGAAAUACGUGGUCGUCGUAGAUUUCAUGCAAAAGUGGUGUUGGCAUUUUUGUUAUGAAAUUGAGGUGAUUGACGUACAUUUCCAGGGUUACUAUGAGAAACACAACUCAAGUACAACAUAGUAUUGCAUGCUGGCAUAGGCUUUGUAUUGAUGGUUAUCAGUAGCCUUAACAAUCAUUGUUUUUCCCUUGCCUGUUUAUAUUCUGCCUGGCACUUAACUAAUUUGUAAGAUUUAUUUGAUUUGGACACGACAUGGACACGCCAAGAUUGUAGUAAACAAGGCAAAAAGCAACACACAAAAACUAACAGAUUAUAGUAAUAUCUCAAGGCUAAUAUCAAACAGUUUAUCAAAGUAACAGCAAACAGUUUGUGGCAUUUUGGCACUGCAGGAUCUCUCUAUCCUAAACUGACCCCGUUGUUCUGUGUGUGUCUCUCCACCAGGCCGAGGAGCAGUUGCGUAUCGUAGAGGAGCAGAGAAAGAUUCAUGAGGAGAGGAUGAAGCUGGAUCAGGAUCGCCAGCGGCAGCAGAAGGAGGAGCAGAAAAUGAUCCUGGGCAAGGGAAAGUCCCGGCCCAAGCUCUCCUUCUCCCUCAAGGCCACCGAAUGAUCCUCUCAUCCCUCCUCUCUUGCACUCCUCCAUCCCCCCAGCGCUCUCCUCCUCCUCCUCCUCUCUGGAACGUUCGCUGUGUGUUUAAGUGUGGAAGGCUGAACGAAGGGCAGCCCACGGCGCUGGAAGAGGCAUGGCUCCUCUCCUGUCAUUCACCGCCCUGCUUUACAGACCUUUCCCAACCAAGCCUUGGAGGGAGGGAGGCCCGCACACCGUCAAACACCUGACUGUUUUGCUCCCUGACCUCCCCCUUCCUCGCCCCCUCCCCCCAGUGACUAUUGUUUGCUAUUUUGGGGGGUUUUAUUUCCAUUUUUAAGGAUUUGAACUGUCGUAUAGAAAGCUGUCACUACUUGGUCCUCACCUUACUUAGGUCGUACUUUGAACAGUAAGCAAGCUAGGAUAGAAACUCAUAACGUGUGUGUGUGUCCAGUUGAAGCUCAUUACAAUAUUGUGGGCGGUUUGGGAGUUGGCCUGGGUUUUCCUGUGCCAUGUGUGUCUAACGUAGAAAGCUGACGAGGCAGGGGUAGCAUACGCAGUAAAGCACACAGUCACCUCCACUUUAGCUGACAGAAUUGUCUUCCACCUCCCUACACCUCACAUCUGCUCUGAUGAUUGAUCCUCACGUUUUUACGACGUUUCUACAAUGUUUUGCUCCUCGAUAGAUUAGCAUCAAAUAGAACAACCUAGCAUGUGAACAAAGAUGCACUGCUGCACAGGUGAACCGAGGCCAAUUCCCAAACUGCCCAUAGAGCCGCUCCGGGGUUGGAACAGGAUAUGAUGCUUCUCAUCCAUGGUCAGGAGGGGGGAGUGGAGGGUGGCAGACGUUUCCUGUAUGAUGUAAUAUUAGAAUCGCUGUGAUUUGGUGUCCUACUCCUGUGAGAUAAAUGUAUGAAAUGAAUCCACACAACAACAACAAAAGACAAAGCGACAGGGAUUUAUAAUCUUGCAUCAUUUUACUGAACUCUUACUGUGCAAUCGCUGAGUGAAUUGUGCUCUCAAGUAAAGUAGACGGUCGACCAGUGCACCUCUGUUCCUUCGUUUUGGUGUAGUAUAUUAACCUCGCCCUAAAAGGGUCCCCUUCAAAUGACUAUUGGUUCGUAAAGGAUGUCCAAGUCCAGGUAAGAUUGACUAGCUACAUGUUGAGGUCUGACCAGGUGUAUGUGCAUGUUUGGACUUGUGUGUGGGUGUGUGUGUGUGACAGUAUGUCUGACUGGCUGAUCUCUGGUAGGGUUAAGGGGCUUCUUGAGUAAGUGAAACUUGUCUUGUGGUAAUUUCCUGAUGUGUUAAUUGGAACUGAACAAUUCACCAAUAAAUCCAUUGAAUGCGUACAACUCUGA